AUGAAGCGCAAGUUGGAUUCCAAUGAUGUUCCAUCCCCUAAGCCUGAGGAAACAGAGGAGCAGGAACUUGAUUUUGAAGCUCUUGGUCUCGAUCCCAGACUUCGUCAGGCCUUAAUUAAAGAAAAGUUCUCCAAGCCUACUUUGGUGCAGGCAAAGGCGAUACCGUUGGCGCUUGAAGGAAAGGAUAUCUUGGCUCGUGCAAAGACUGGCUCCGGAAAAACUGCUGCUUAUGUCCUUCCCAUCCUCCAAGCCAUCCUGCAACAAAAAUCUAAUGAUCCCUCAUUGAAAGCCACUGUCGGUCUUAUCCUUGUUCCGACUCGUGAGCUUGCAGAGCAAGUCCAAAAAGUCAUUGCCUCAUUCAGCCAAUUCUGUGGAAAGGAUGUACGCUCUGUCAAUUUGACCCAGAAAGUGUCCGAUGCCGUCCAGCGCAGCCUGCUCGCUGAUUUCCCCGAUAUUGUGAUCUCUACGCCGACUCGGGUCCUAGCUAAUGUUAACAACUCGGCCCUCUCUCUUGAGAAGCUUACACACCUCGUGAUUGACGAGGCCGACUUGGUUCUGUCAUAUGGAUAUGACGACGACAUCAAUACUCUUUCAAAGGCUAUUCCUCGUGGUGUGCAGACAUUCCUCAUGAGUGCUACUCUCACAUCUGAGGUGGAUACCCUGAAGAGCCUGUUCUGCCGCAGUCCAGUGAUUCUAAAGUUGGAGGAGAAGGAAGACAAUGGUGCCGAAGUCAGCCAGUUUGUUGUCAGAUGCGCUGAGGACGAAAAGUUCCUUCUUACAUACGUCAUUUUCAAACUUCAGCUGGUCAAGGGAAAGGUUAUCAUUUUCGUUGGCGAUAUUGAUCGAUGCUACCGCGUGAAGCUUUUCCUGGAACAAUUCGGUAUCAAGUGCUGUGUGCUCAACUCAGAAUUGCCCAUUAACUCGCGUCUGCACGUUGUCGAAGAAUUCAACAAGGGCGUUUACGACAUCAUUAUUGCGGCCGACGACCAAGAGAUUAUGGGAGUGCCCAAGGCAAGCAAAAAGAUUACUGAAGCUGCAACUGUCGAUGAGGAUGAGGCAGAUGAGCAAGAAGAGAAGGAUGAUAAGGAUGAUGAGGAGGAGGAGAAGGAUGACAAAGAUGAAAUGGGCUCGAGUGACGACGAAAAUCAGGAGGAAUCCAAGAAGCAGAAGUCUCGACCAGAGAAGCGACGCAAGAUGACUGCCAAACAAAAGGAUUAUGGAAUUGCGCGCGGUAUUGAUUUCCGCGACGUUGCCUGUGUCCUGAACUUCGAUCUGCCCACUACUUCCAAGUCCUAUACACACCGCAUCGGACGUACUGGCCGCGCUGGAAAGGCAGGCAUGGCACUCUCAUUUGUUAUUCCCAAAGAACAGUUUGGUAAGCACCGGCCUACAGCAGUGGCCAGCGCCAAGAACGACGAGACCGUCCUUGCCAAGAUCAUUAAGCGACAGGCCAAGCUGGGCCACGAGGUCAAGCCCUACCACUUCGAAAUGCAGCAGGUCGAUGCCUUCCGCUACCGUAUGACCGAUGCCCUUCGCGUUAUCACCCGCUUGGCUGUGCAGGAAGCACGUGGUCGAGAAAUCCGCCAGGAACUAAUCAAGAGCGAGAAGCUCAAGCGCCAUUUCGAGGAGAAUCCCGAUGAACUACGCCAGCUUCGCCACGAUGGAGAGCUACGUGCUGCCCGUGUGCAGCCGCAUCUCAAGCACAUUCCUGAAUACUUGAUGCCCGCCAAGGGACGCAAGGGUAUUUCAAAGGACAAUGUUGGGUACGUUGGGUUCAAGAAAACUACCGAGAACCGUAUUCGCAAGGCUAGAGAUCACAACCGUAAGGGUGGCAAGGGCAAGAGGAGUGGAAGGGUUGAUCCGUUGAAAACUUUCAAUCGUGGCCGGAAGCCAACGUAA